AUGGAGGCAUACAAGAAUGAAGUCCGCCUGGAAAACUAUCUCUUUUAUAAAUUCAGAAAAUCGGGUAGAAAUCCAUUCCGGCCGGCGAAUUUGGCUGGUGUCCAGUCAAAGGCCGACUACAUCAAUUUAGGAUUCCAUAAUGUGCCUCGCGCAAAUAGACUGCCGAUCUUCCAAGACAUUCAGGUAAAAGCUCCCAAAACAUGGCAGCAUGGACCUCGAAUAUUGUCCGGUAACAAUUUGCUGGGUCCUCCUCUUCCUCCAGCUGACGCAAAUUACAACUUGCAAACUGCACUCAACACCAAGACUCUAUAUUUCGACCAACAAGCUCCGCAGUGGACGCCUAUCAAGGUAUUGGCACGUGGAGGCUAUGCUAUGGCCGUGCACUACAAGCACAACGUCAAUGGUGUAGAUAGGGAUAUUGUAUCAAAAAUUGGCUUGAAUGCGAGAGGGGCUGAAAGUCUUAGACAACGUCAGGCAGCACACUCUAUUCAACUAUACGAUGUUCCGGGACUUCGAGCUCGCCCUACGAGACCGCCAGAGCCCUUGAGCGAUGACUCUUCCGAUGACCAACUCACCGAAUAUGAUGACGAUGGUGUCGGGGAUCCGCGGCCAUGGCGGGUACGGAGGCCGCGAAGAAAUCGUUCCUGGCUUGAGGAUGAUGCCAAGAAUAGAGCCCAUGAAAGCAGGAGGCAAGCGUACGAUGCGUGGAUGAGUGCCAAUCCAAACCCAAACGAUGAUUGGCUUCUCCUCGAAUACAUGGAGAAUGGCAGCCUCUCCGAACUUAUCAAGCGGCGGACAGAGAGGGCUGAUCCUAACCCACCCCCAAACAGGGUCCUAUGGGCAUUCUGGUUGUGUCUGGUCAGGGGGGUCGUAGGUCUCCAGUAUCCACCAAACAUGUUUCACCCCAACCGUAGAAACCCGGCGAGAAGAUUCUUGGGAUCAGAACGGGCACCGCCUCCCGGCACGUUGAGAAGAAGUCGCCGUCUUCGCCACCAGGACCCAUUACCACACGCCGAAUACGAUGCGACCAACGCGAGAAGCAACCGCCUGCUGCGUGCUGUAAGCGUUCUCGACGUUCGGUCAUGGCAAUACAGUCCAGCCGCAGUAAACCGCCAUACGGAUCUAGCGGGAGACUUGAUUGAGGAGCUACCAGAGACUAAUGAGCUUUGCGAGCGUGGCGAGAAUACGGUUCACUUUGACCUUGACCCAAACAAUAUCCUCAUUGGAGGUUUCGAGCUGAGCCCGGAAGCUCUCCUGAGAUGGGGGGAGCGUAUCAAAAAGGGGUUGUACAAGGAGGGAAAACCGAUCGAAUCUAUACCCUCGACACCGCCUCGGCCGGAUCGUCAAGCGCAAGAGCACGCCUUUUUGGCAGACUUUGGCCUAGCAGAAAGGAUCAAAUCUUACAAGAAAAAUCGGUAUUAUCAUCGGAGAAGAAGAAAUGGUAAAGUCUUUAUUGCGCCACCUGAACAAUUUGGCCCAGAAUGGGAGACCUUGAAUGGGAAUCCCAGUGACGACGAUGUGGGAGAAGAUGACGUGGCUGGAAGCUACAGCUUCAAGACAAACAUAUGGCAGAUUGCUUGGAACAUGUGGAUGCUCAUUACCGGUCUCGCCCCGCCCAGCCCUCCAAAGCCCGUGUUUCCUCCAGACCAGAACCACCAUAUCACCGCAAGUACACCAAGAUCACAAUACCAUACAAUUCUCCAAAAUGUCGGCUACAAUGGGCCAAUCUCAUACUGCGCUAUCUUGUGCGACAGUAUUGACUCUCCGGCGGAUCCCUUUGCGUCGGUAGAUCAAGAUCUCAGAUGGACAAUCUUUAGGUGUUUGUACCAUUGUCCUCAUCAUAGACCGAAUCUGAACGAACUUCUCGACCAAGCCAAGGAAAAGAUUGGUCCUAAUAUAUUUCCUGGAGAGACUGAUGCUCAAAUCAAUACCUGGGUUGAGAAUUGGUUUUACAGUGCUCCUCCUCCCCCUCCUCCUCCUCCGCCUCCCAGUGGUGGUGGAGGAGGAGGGGGAGGAGAUGAUGGAGAUGACGGAGAUGACGUAAGCAGCGGCGGAGGCGGACCAGGAGGAGGCGGACCAGGAGGAGGCGGACCAGGAGGAGGCGGACCAGGAGGAGGCGGACCAGGAGGAGGCGGACCAGGAGGAGGCGGAGGCGGACCAGGCGGUACUCUCAGUCUCAGUGGAACUGGUCUUUGGGUCAAUAUCAGGUAUAAUGCCGCAUUCCCAAGCGGAUACCGACGAAUUAUGACACCCGGAACAAACGCCCAGUGUGGUAUACGCGCACUCGUCGAAAGCGUGCAGCACCAAUUUCCUGCUACUGAUCUCCCAGCUGGAGUAAACUUUCCGACUUUUGCAGACUUCAUGGCCACUGCCACCACUUUGGAAGGUGAAGGGCUGUGGAAUGUUGUUGGGGCGGCCGGAUUGACGGGCUCUACUGCCAGUGGCAACUGGGGCUAUGAUCAAUUAUACGCCAUUUUGUCACGAUGGUCAACAGAUAACAAUGUCAACACGUCUGGAAUCAACACAGGUCUAGGCAGUGUGGUUGUCAUGUCUGGCCAGGCAAAUUUCCUCUGGCUGGGUGACAGCUCAGACUAUUACCCUAUAUUCAUCUACAACGAUAAUGCCGGGGCGAACAAUGGCGGUGGCAGCCAUGUUCCAAUAAUGAAUCAUUACGAAGGCUUGAUGCAAGUGCCAAAUGAAUCUGAAAAGGGAAAGGGAAAGGGAAAGGCAAAAAAGUAG